AUGUCUGAAGAGAUCAAGUUAUUGACUUUCAAUGUUUGGGGUUUGAAAUUCAUUUCAAAAGUUAGAAGAGAAAGAAUCCGAGGAAUUGUCGACAAGCUACUCGAUGGAAGUGAGAAUUAUGAUAUAAUUACUUUACAAGAAGUUUGGUGUGAAGAAGAUUGGAAAUUAUUUGAUGAGAAUUUGCAACAAUUAUAUCCUUAUAGAAGAUGGUUUAAAAGUGGGAUAAUCGCUGGGCCAGGAUUAGCUAUUAUAUCCAAGAUUCCAAUUGUCGAGACUUUUCUUUAUAGAUUUCCUAUUAAUGGUAGAUCGAUAGCUGUAAAUAGGGGAGAUUUUUAUGUUGGAAAAAGUCUUGCUAUUUCGAAGUUAAGUAAUGGAUUAGUUGUUAUGAAUAGUCAUAUGCAUGCUCCCUAUAGUUUAGCGGGAGAUGAUGCUUAUGUUGCCCAUAGGUCAGUACAAGCUUGGGAUAUUGUUAAGAUAAUCAACUUAUAUAAUGAAUUAAAUAAAGGAGUCAUUUUGGUAGGUGAUUUGAAUUCCCGUCCUCAGUCAUUACCCCAUAAAUUAUUCACAAACAUUGGUCAAUUAAAGGAUUCGUGGGAGGUGUUGAAGUAUAAAAGUAAUGAACCAUUAUUAUCAUUGAAAGAAUUAAGUGAAUUAGAACCUAAAGAUCAAAUUUUAACUGGAGGUAUAACCUGUGAUUCUCAACUUAAUACUUGGAGAAAAGAUAGAAGAUUAGAUGAAGCUUGUAGAUUAGAUUAUGCAUUGAUCAAUGAUAAAUUGGAUGUUUUAGAUGCAUCAGUCAAAUUUGUUGAUAAGUUACCUCAUCUUGAUUGUUCUUAUUCUGAUCAUUUCGCUUAUUAUACGAAAUUGAAAUUCAAACCAUCAAAAGAGAGUCCUGAAAAUGUCACUGAUCAUUAUGACCAACUCUCUAUUUAUAAGGAGUUAAUUGGAGAGAUAGAUAAUUAUUUGACAUUCACAAUACCCAAACAUUAUGAUUGGAGAGGAGUUUAUUUCUUCUGUUCGAUAUUCACCAUACUUUUUUCGAUAUUUGUUACUCCUUUCCUGGGUUCAUUUUCUAUUUUCUUCGUUGUCUUAUCGACCUUUGUGUCAAUAACUGGGGUUUUGAAUGGAUUGAUUUGGUUCAUUAGUGGUAAUUACGAAAAAAGGAAUUUCGAAGAAGUAAAAUUACAAGUUCUAGAUCAUAUAAGAGGGAUCGAAUAUUCAAAUUCCUAA